AUUGGUGAACGUAGAAUGAUUCCAAUUUCCAUUCUCCGUAUAACUCAUUCGCUCUGUAUCAUUCGUCGUGAAUUGUGAUAACAGAUAGUAGAUACUGAGUACAUACUCCAGGUACAAUGUUCGCGAACAAAGUUGUACUUAUCACCGGAGCCAGCUCUGGUAUUGGCGCAGAAACAGCCAUUGAAUUUUCUAAACUAGACGCAAAACUAGUACUUACUGGUAGGAACAAAGAAAAACUUAGUGAUGUGGCGAAUAUAUGUAAAGAAAAUUCGCCUAGCAAACUGCAACCAUUGGUGCUGAUUGCCGAUAUGAACAACGAAAGCAAUGUUGAUUAUAUCAUAAAAUCUACAAUAGAUAAUCUUGGUCAGCUGGAUGUACUUGUAAAUAAUGCUGGAAUUAUUGAAAGUGGUACAAUAGAAAACACUACUUUGGAACAAUACGACAGAUUAAUGAAUACGAAUGUACGAGGACCUUAUCAUAUAACGAUGCUGGCGAUACCGCAUCUCAUUAAAAGUAAAGGGAACAUCGUGAAUGUAUCGAGUGUAACAGGUCUACGGGCAUUCCCGAAUGUUCUAGCGUACUGCAUGUCCAAAUCUGCUUUAGAUCAAUUCACUAGAUGCGUUGCAUUGGAAGUGGCGCUUAAAGGUGUUAGAGUGAACGCUGUUAACCCAGGGGUCAUCACAACCGGUUUACACAAGAAAGGGGAAGCUGGUAUGAACGAAGAACAGUAUGAAGCGUUUUUGAAAAAAUGCGCGGAGACACAUGCUAUUGGCAGAGCUGGUGAAGCAAAAGAAGUGGCUUCAGUGAUUAUAUUCCUGGCUAGUGACGCAGCCAGUAACAUCACAGGAGCAACCAUCCCUGUUGACGGUGGACGCCAUGCUAUGUGUCCUCGAUAAAUACAUAUUAGAUUAUUGAGACGCAAUAUACAUUUAUUUUUAAAUACAAUCUUUAUGUUAUAAACAA